AAAUCCCUCUAAGAGUAAAAGAUAGGAUAAAGAAAUCUCCAUCUCCAAUUUGACUAUAUUCUACUCUGUAUCACUCGUUAUCACAUGUCCACUACUCAAGUCCAACAUAUAAAGCCACAUUUUCAAAAAUUAAAAACACGGAAAUGACAUUGAUGAGUACAGUAUUAUGGAAACAAUAAUUAGCAAAUAAAAACCCAAAUAAAAAGUACAAUAAUUACAGUGUGAAUGAAAAAACCUAGUAGAAACACACUAGAAAUACACCACUUUUGAAUUUGCUUUUCAAGUACAAAAGACAUUGAAGCGCAUUCAUCAUCAUCUUCAUCGCUCAACUCUUUCAUCAUCAUGUCUGGACGUUCAUGGCUGGUAGACGGCAACAGAUUUGCAACCAAAAUAAAGUGUGCAUCUGGAAGCUGUGAUGUAGAAAAAAUUAAGUGGAAAAGUAACCCAACUAGAUCGUGCCCCAGAUGCGAGCAUACUAUUGACAACAAUGAUGUUGUUCAGGAGUGGCCAGGAUUACCAAGAGGUGUAAAAUUUGAUCCCACUGACCAGGAGAUAAUCCAGCAUUUAAUUGCAAAAUCUGGCAUUGGAAACGAGAAACCACAUCCUUUUAUUGAUGAGUUCAUCCCUACUGUUGAUGAAGAGGAUGGGAUUUGUUACACUCAUCCUAAAAAUCUCCCAGGUGUAAAGCAAGACGGAAAUGCAACUCACUUCUUUCAUAGAGCUAUCAAGGCUUACAGUACGGGUACACGAAAGCGUCGAAAAAUUCAUGGUGAUGAUUUAGGUGAUGUUCGUUGGCAUAAGACUGGCCGGACAAAGCCAGUUAAUGUUAAUGGGGAGCAAAAGGGAUGCAAGAAAAUCAUGGUUUUGUACGUCACUGCAAAAGGUGGCAAGGCAGAGAAAACAAGUUGGGUCAUGCAUCAAUAUCACCUAGGUACAGAGGAGGAUGAGAAAGAUGGAGCAUAUGUGAUUUCAAAAGUCUUCUAUCAGCAGCAGCAGCAGCAGGUGAAACAAAGUGUCAAGACUGUAGGGUAUAUUUCUGAUGUGGCAGAUGACAUAGUUCCAAAAGUAGAUCCUGUUACUCCUGAGCCUCCUCGAAAUGAAAUGCGACUUCACUCAAAAAAUCAGACCUUAGUCAUUUGCGGCAAUUCUAGUGCCCAGGAAUGUGACGUGGGAUUUGUUGAUGAAAUGCAACAACAUGAAAUAACCAUAUCAUCAAGUGUUAAUGAUACCAAAGAAGAUUGCGCUGAUAUCUCUUCAGAGGAUCCAGUUGGCGAACACGAUGACAACCAGGUUGGGGAAGAAAAGUGGUGGGACAGUGAGUCACAGUAUCUGCUGAACUCCCAGCAACUUGUGGAAGGGCUCUCUCUCUGUGAUGAGCUUCUUCAAAGCCAGUCUCCGAACAGAGAUGAAAGUGCAGAUGAUGUAAGGAAGAGAUCUGUUCUUUCUUCAGAGUAUGCUCGUUUGGGACCUGAAGAUCUAAAGAAGGAUCUGGAGGAGUGCCAGAAUUUGGAACUUGAUCCUGCAAACAUAGAUUUAGAUACACCACCUGAUUUCAGAUUAAGCCAGCUGGAAUUUGGAUCACAAGAUAGCUUUAGUGCUUGGGGAUUAGGCAAGAUGACUGACUAAAGAUGGAGGUGCCAUUAUGUUCGAGCAACCUUUUGAUUCAUCUCUAUGACGGGCAUGGUUUUAUAAAUUUCUAGGUAACAUCUGAUGCAGCUUUUAUUUUGUAAACCUUUGAUUAAGCUGCUUAUUUUAGCUGACCAAAUGUAUAGCUGUCUUCUUUCUUAAAUCUUUGUGAUUAGCUGACAUUCACUUCCUUACCUAUUAAUAUCAAGGGUGGAUUAACAGCACCUUAUCGUGUGCUUCAUCCUGUUUUUGUGAAUGUGAUGAUAUUAUGUAAGGAACUGAGAUUGCUUCCAUGAUUUAAACACAAUUUAUGGUAAUUUUCUGUUUUGCCAAAAA